GCUGCAUCUACCUACACACCCUCGACCGAUUUUACCAAGGUUGCGUACGAUUGGGCCUUGCGACAAGUAGGCACGACACCACCGACAGGAUGCCGAAGCGGAAGAGAGAUGAUCUUCAGGAGAAGCUGGAGCACCACAGCACGGUGCUCUCCCGCGCCCUGAAAGUUGCGAAGGGAUUCGAGAGACAGCGCAUGGCAAAACGGCAGCGCGAUCCCAAGUCGACCAGGGAAAAGAGAGCCAGGAUAGAAAAGGAGAUCGAGGUGUUGAAGUCAAUCGACCUCCACUCAGUCGCACACGCCCAUCUCUGUUCAGCCCUUCUAAAGAUCAAGGCUGUUGCCGAAUCCCCGAGACUGCCAGACGAAUUCAAGCAGGGUGUCCCAAAACCCGACAUCUCAGAAGAGGAGCGAGCGGCUUUGCAUAAUGUCACCAGUGGGCUCUGCAACCAGCCCAAGGUUCGGGCGACUCUGGACGCAGCCGUUGCCGACAUUUGCCAGGUGCUGCACGUACCAGUACCUGACAAAAAGGGUAAAUUAAAGAGAGGAGACAAGAAGAGCGAGUCGAAGACCAGCAAAGACACAGAGGAACAGGCCACCGAAAAGACCGUGAAGAAAGCAACGAAAGAGAUGGAGAAGGGCGAGGAGAAGAAGCCUGCCAAGAGCGAGACUCGGCGAGACGAUCCAUCAUCGGACGAUGAGGAUAGCGAAUGGGGUGGUCUCUCCGACGACGACGGAGCCGACGAAGAUGAAGAGCUAGUAGAAAAGGCCCUCGCGCAAUUUGAGGACAGAAUUGGGGGUUCUGAUUCUGAGGAAAACGCCAACUCUGACGACGAGGACGAGUACGAUACCGCAAACGAGGAACUCGACCCGAUGGAAAUCACAGACGAGUCCGCAUCGGAGGAUUCAGAGGGUGAUGAACCAGGCACGCAGGCCGGGCUGGAUGAGGAUGGUUCAACCGAUUCGGAGGAAGAAACUGGGUCUGAGUCAGAGUCUGAAUCCGAGUCCGAAUCUGGUUCUGAUUCUGAGGUCUCUGCGAUAUCCCCGCCACCCAAAGCUUCGCGAAAGGAUUCCAAGAAGGCAGAUGAAAUUCUCAAGCGGGGCGGCAUGCUCCCCAGCCUGAUGGGAGGGUACAUUUCGGGCUCAGAAUCCGAGGCGUCUGACAUCGACGUGGCGCCAGCCGCACGAAAGAACAGGAGAGGCCAGCGGGCUCGACAAGCCAUUUGGGAGAAGAAAUUCAAGGAAAAGGCCAAGCAUCUAAGCCUGGAGAAGUCCGGGCGGGACUCGGGGUGGGAUUUGAAGCGCGGUGCGGUAGACGGCAGCGAGAGGACGCCCUGGAAAAAGGGAAUCAAGACGCCGUUUGAGAGGAGGCCUGAUGGUCAGCAGGAGCACAGUGCCCCUGAGUCGAGCCGCCCAAGGCCGCCGCCGAAGAAGGACGAUGAAGGCCCGUUGCAUCCUAGCUGGGAGGCACGGAAGAAGGCGAAGGAGGCGCAACAGGCGGCUGCUUUCCAAGGCAAGAAGAUCACAUUUGAUUAAGAGAUACCCAUACUUGCGGGAGAAUUGAAGUCAUAAUUUGGAGAAA